UAGCAUGGGUUUACUCAUGGUUGGAACUGUAAGUGAGAAGGCUAGUGAGAUGCUUGCUUAUGCACAUGAAACACAAGAGGAAAAGACAAUCAGGGGAUUGGCAUUGGGUAUUGCCCUAACUGUAUAUGGAAGAGAAGAAAGAGCAGACUCACUAAUUAAACAGAUGACAGGAGAUCGAGAUCAUAUACUGCGUUGUGGUGGAAUGUAUGCAUUAGCAUUGGCGUAUAGAGGGACAGCAAGCAACAAAGCCGUCUCACAGCUACUACAUUUUGCGGCGUCGGAUGUGAGUGAUGAUGUUAGGAGAACUGCUGUUCAAGCUCUUGGUUUUGUGUUGUACUCAGAGCCAGAUAAGGUCAGUAUCUUCUUGGAAUGUAUUCCAAGGAAUUUGGUGUUUCUUCUGCCCCUUUUUUGUUUGUUGGUUCGUUUUAUUAUUGCCUUGUAUCUCUAAUAUUUCGCUGCUGUACUGCGGAUGGCUGAA